AUGUCCAACCGGCAUGCGCGUCUCCAUAAACGAGGCUACUCAGCCUCCGCUGUAUCGAGUCCGCGCCCUCUGAGCCCCGUUGCUGACUACGAUGUCGUUACCUUUAACCGUUCAGACACGCCCAAGGUCUACGAAGAAUCUUGGAUAGAGACACAACGCCCCAUGCCGUCUGCGACUUCCUCCCACCAGCUCAAGAUCAAGCCUUACCUGCGCAAGCUCUCGUCCAAGGAGACCAGCGGGCUCGAUCUAUCACGCCCUGCUGCCGAGAACGACCUCACCGGUCUGGGUAUUUCAGAAUAUGGCGCCCACUCACGGUCCAUAUCCGAUGUUUCUUUUUCGCCCGUCAACGGCCGCCACAGACACAAUCGCUCCACAUCCAACACCUCGCAGUUCUCCUCGUCGUCUGGUCUGCAGCGGCCGACGCCCCUGCCUGCCAUCCGCCAGACUCCGCAGCCAUACACACCGCCAAUAGCCCACUCGUCGCCGCCAUCAAUUCUCGGGAGCGAGCACGAGGGCGAUGAUAUCAUGUCGGACGACGAGUUCCGCUUGAGACAAAACGCGUAUGAACCCGCGCGCAGAUCCGGUUCCAUCUCCUCGGCACAGGGAACAUCCCUACGCAUCCACACCAACAACUCGUCCACCCGCCUUGCUGGCAGCUACUCCCAGUCGUCCGUCUCGCUCACCUCUCCGAUUGCCCAACCCAGGGCGCGUGGUGACACGCUCAAGUCCAUCGACACCACCUCGCCCAGUUCGCGUACCUCCUUCGAUCAGACCUACCGCUUUAUCCGCGGCGGCCGUGACUCCCCCGUAGACCCAGCCUCGAGAGCUGCCUCCAUUCGUGCUGCGCGACAGAAGUUCGAGGAGGAGCAGCGAGCCAAGGAGCGAAAGUACGAAAAGGUGGCACACAAGCAGCAGGAACGCGACUACCGCAAGCAGCAGAAGAAGGAGGAUCACCAACGUCGCAAGUCAGAGACGCUCGACCGAUCAGAGAUAAACCGCACGCGCACUGUAUCCACCGACUAUGAGAAGACGCCACGACCCUCGAUAGCCGGACGCCCUUCAGUGGGUGGACGCCAAUAUUCAGACCACCGUGAGGCACACUCCAACUCGCUGCCAAAGCUUGUGGCAACCGUCGACCCCGAGAAAGCAGCCGUCUUUUCCUCUACGCCCAAAGUCACCAAAAGCCGAGCUGCGAAGGGUACGUGGCAGCGUUUCGUAAUCUGGCUCAAGACUCGACUGCUGCGCAUGUCUGGAAAGUAG